AUGGCGCUCUUCAUGCUGGUCACGCUCACGUACGUCUGCUAUGCCUACGCGACGACCUUGCCGGGCCCGGCUCUGCGCCAUGCAUUCCGCGACAGAGGCUCGGAGGUGCCUUCUUUGGGGGUCAGUCGGGUCGUGCAGGAGAGCUGGUCGAUGUACUCGCCCUACUUCCCUGCCGGGUCUUAUCUACCCCCGCCUGCAGGUUGCCAGAUCGAUCAGGUGCACAUCCUCCAACGACAUGGCGCGCGUUUCCCCACAUCUGGAGCAGGAAAGCGGAUCAAGACUGCCGUAUCGAAGCUGCAGAGCGCGUCGAACUUGACGGACCCACUUUUGUUCUUCCUCAAAAACUUCACGUACACCUUGGGUCACGAUGAUUUGGUCCCUUUCGGUGCUGCACAGUCGUUCCAAUCAGCAGAAGUGGCCUUCGAGCGUUAUUCAUCACUACUAACGGACGGCGUGGAGCCAUUUGUUCGCGCAUCAAGCUCCCAGCGUGUUGUUGACUCGGCCACCAAUUGGACUGCAGGCUUCGCGGCCGCAAGUAACAAUCGCUUCAAACCCGUGCUGUCAGUGAUCUUGUCGGAGGCGGGCAACGACACUCUCGACGACGCCAUGUGCCCCUCGGCCGGCAGCUCGGACGCACAGACGGACGAAUGGCUCGCUGUCUUCGCCCCACCCAUGACCGCGCGCCUGAAUGCCGGCGCGCCGGGCGCGAACCUGACCGACACCGACACCUACAACCUCCUCUCCCUCUGCGCCUUCGAGACGAUCGCCGCGGAAUCCCGCAGCCCCUGGUGCGCGGUCUACGAAGCGCUCGGGGGCGCGCCUGCGUUCACGUACAGCGGCGACCUCGACAAGUUCUACGGCACCGGCUACGGGCAGCCGCUCGGGCGCGUGCAGGGCGUCGGGUACAUCAACGAGCUCCUCGCGCGGCUCACGGACACCGCGGUGCGGGACGGGACGCAGACGAACCGCACGCUGGACGCGGACCCGGCGACGUUCCCGCUCGGGCGCGCGCUGUACGCCGACUUCUCGCACGACAACGAGCUGGUCGCGAUCUUCGCAGCCCUGGGGCUCUUCCGCCAGAAGGAGCCACUUGAUCCGGCGCGCGCGGAUCCGGCGAGGACGUGGCGCACGGUGCGGCUCGUGCCGUUCUCGGGGCGGAUGGUCGUCGAGCGGCUGGCGUGUGAGGGCGGGGGCGGGAGCGUGCGCGUGUUCGUGAACGACGCGCUGAUGCCGCUCGAGUUUUGUGGGGCGCGGGGGAACGGGGUGUGUGCGCUGGACGCGUUCGUGCGCAGCCAGGCGUACGCGCGUAACGAUGGCGAGGGUGACUUCGAGAAGUGCUUCGAAUGA